AUGACGGCGAAAGGGUUGAUUGGAGUCGAUAUGAAAGACACGGGGGACUCAAUUUCCCGCGGUUCCAUCGAAGUUUGCCGCCUUAUGCACCCUGAUGAUGCUAAUAUUGCUGGCAAUGUUCACGGUGGAACAACAUUGAAGCUAAUCGAGGAAGCAGGGCUCAUAAUUGCUACACGCCAUUGUAACAAGAAUGGUCGGAAAACAAGUCCUGAGCCGAUAUUGGCAGCUUUGGCGCGCGUUGAAAGGACAGAUUUCUUGCAACCGAUGUUUAUAGGGGAAGUUGCUCAAGUUCACGUAGAGCUAGGCUACGCAUCAACGCAUUCUUUGGAAGUGCAAGCGUGCGUUUGGGCAGAAAAUCUCAUAACCGGAAGUCGUAGGCUUACCAACCGUGCCUCACUCUGGUACGUUCCCGUCACCGGAAAUGAGGAGAUGAGGAUCAUACCAGAGGUACCUGCUGUAGAAUAUUCAAGUAAAGAGGAAGAGGAAAGAGGAAAAGAGAGAUACAAAAGACAGAAGAGAGCUAGGCUUGAUAAAAGGGAGCUUAUGAAAGAGGUAGAUAAACGUUAUUACUUACAUACAUGUAAUAUUCUGUUAUACAGGGUUGGGGAGGGGUACUCAAGAAAGUUUUGUAAGGGGAAGCUCUUCCACAAAGUCCAACCCCUUUUCCUUUUUUAUACCACUUUUAACAAAAAAAGUGCCUCUUUCAAAUACCUUCUAUAGACAACGGGUACCCCUUUCACAUACCUUCACUGUAGUUUUAAAAUUAACUUCUGUAAUGAAGCCCCUUCCCUUUGAUAGACAAGACAAGACAAGACAAGACAAUGUUUUAUUUGGAGUCUUAUACAGUCCUAUGUAUAUCGACUUUAUCCAAAUAAUUUAAAAUUAUAACACAAAUUGCACACUAGUGGAACUAUAAUCAAUGUUAACCUAAACAACUAAUGAUCUUCUUUUCUCAUAGCAGUCGAAUACGUAUUUUGCAAUUAACUUUUGCACUGGUUUGUUCUUGCUCAGAGGGUUUAUUAACAACAGAAAAAGAUCAUCUGGUGCCAUUACUGUUUACUUCUGUUUACUGUAUUCUUUGUUUAAGUAUUCAAAUAAAGUACUUCUUUUUUCUUGAUACGCAGGGCACAGAGUUAAAAAGUGUAUUUCAUCUUCUACGUCUUUUUUACAGAUAGCUAGGACAGAUCCUUUCUUCCGGUUUCUUAUAAGGUCUUACAUACCGACCUGUCUCUAUCGCCAAUUUGUGAUUACUUAGAAGGAGGUUAGUUUGAUGCCUAAAAAUUUAAAAUAAUGGUCUUUUCAGUUAGAGGUGCCACUACAUAUCAAUGAUGGAGUGCAGCCAACUGAGCGAACUGAUGGUGGGAAUGUUUCAAGAUAUAGUGUAAACAGUUCGCAGUCAUCUCUGAUCCACUCUGUACAACCCUCAGAUUGUGCAAGUACUGGGUAUGUACUUGGAGGUGUUACGAUGAAAAUGAUGGAUGAAGUGGCAGGAAUAGUUGCAUUCCGACACUGUAAAACCAAUGUGGUCACGGCAUCAGUUGGUAAGAGUUUAUCCUUCCGCCCCUAAGAAUUAAAAAAAUACAAAUACAAAUAAUAAGAAGAAAAGUUAUGGAUAUGUGUACUUUCAGAUCAACAAUUUUAUACAAAUUUUGAAUUUUGGUCCAAAUAAAAGCUACAAGUAAUUUAAUAAAAAAAUGAAAGGGAAUGCAAAUGAAGUGAUGAUGCUUACAUGUUAUUGGAAGUAAGAAAUUUUUUUUUUUUCCAUCGGUCUUUUGCUCAAAGGGAGCAUAUAACAGAAGCAACAACAAUCACUUACAACAACAACAAACAAAAAUGAACUGAGAGUAGACAAAUGGAAUUUCUUUUUAACACCCUGAACUUCAAGGUGACCAUAAAAAUGUUUUAUUGCCUCAAGCACCAGAGCCAUAUGUGAAUCUGAGACCUUGUCAUGGUUUUGGAAGCCAUUUUGACUUGUAGGCAACUGUGUGGGAAAUUACAGUGUUUUUAUGAGAAUCUCAUGUCGCAGAAUUUCCGUAAAAUGGCUGUUUUGGAAAAAAAAAAUGUGAGUUGUAAACUAAAGCCUCACUCCUAACAAUUCUACUGAAAAAAUAUGAGGGUGUGACAUGCAGCUACAUUUGCUAGAACCAGUUUUUAAAAUUUUCUGUACAUUUCUCUGUCAAAAUUAUUCUUCCAGCCAACUAAAAUUUCCUGGGAAAAAUUGCAGACAAAUAUACGGAAAAGCUAAAGCAAGCAUAUGGAGAAAUUUAAGCACAGUUAAGGCCCUUGAAAUUUGUUAGUAGAAUCCUUUGCUGUGAAGCUUUAGUUUUCAAUUCAUAUUUUUUUCAGAACAGCUGUUUUUGUGGAUACAUUAGAGACCUCUAGAUUCUAUUAGACUAUGACUACAACAACGAGUACGAGAAUUUCUCAAUACUAACCAUGCUAACAGUGAUUUUGUUACAAAUAGCUAUGGUAAGUCCUGGGACUCAUCUUGUGAAAAAUCAUGAGUCCAAGUCCAGAACCAUUGAGUCCUAGUUCAGAAAGACAACAAGUAACAAACUGAAAAUGUUUGGGCCUUUAUAACACAGUUAAUCUGAACCGCCAUAUUACAGUUUACUGAAAUUAAAACAGAGAGCUUUAGAUUUGAGGACAACAAUGUGUACAAGUACAAGAUUUAACUUAAAUGUUAAUUGCACGUGUUCUAGAAAAAAGAGGACACCCAGGCAAGCUUCAUUUUACUUUUUUUCAUCCAAAAAGUUAGUACUGGUAUUUAUACUGAAGGAGGUUAAGCCCUCUCCCGAUAGCAAAAUGAUAAAAUUGCUUAUACUUUUAAUAACUUGUUGUUUUCCUGCCAAAAUGACAUUAGUUCACGCGUGAGCAAUACUCAGUAUUAAGAAAAUCUCAUACUUGUAGACGUCCUGGUCUCAGAAUCUAAAGCUCUCCAAUAUAGUUCUUCUUUUUCUUUUAAACAACAGCCACAAUGGCAGCUACAAAAAUCACACGAACAGAAUAUUCUACGAAAACAUCUUCAGAUCAACCGAAGUAAAAUGAAGAUUUCCGGGGUGUCUCUUUUUUUAGAAUAAAUUAUGUGAAAAUAACUUAAAUCCAGUCUUGUCCAGGUAGUUGUUCUCGUCCAGGUAGUCGUUCUCAUCCAGGCAGUUGUUCUCGUCCUCGAAUCUAAAGGUCUCUAUUAAUGCACUUGGAUAUUAAAUUGUAAAAAGUAAAAUAAAUGUAAAUUUUUGUUAAAUUACAGAUGCGAUUGACUUUCAUGCACCAGUGAAGCUAGGUCACGUGAUACAUCUGACUGGGAGAGCUACUUUCACUAGUAGCCACUCAAUGGAAAUCGAAGUUGUUGUUGAUGCCAAAGAUUAUGUAGCAGGUAUAGACUAAAUUAGAAGUUAUCUCUUUCUAAUGGCCAUUUUAUUGUCCACCCCACCUCUCCAAAAAUGAAUUUCAAAAUGAAAUAAAAUUAUUAUAAAUGAUAAUGGUAAUGACAUUGAUAAUAUAGAUACAUGUAAUACAUAUAAAUUAGUGAAAAUAAUGUAAAGGGGCAACAAAGUAAAUAAUGUCGACUUUCUAUCAAGAUGAACUCUUUCCGAAGAUCUGAACUUUGUCGUUUUCUGCUUUCUAUAAGCUGGCAUUAUCUUUCGGUAAAGAAUUUUGAAACGUCAGUGCUACAUAGAUUUCUGUGGUGGUCAACCUCUGAGCAGCUGGGACGGAAUUCACCUUGUUGCAAUAUCGCGAUCAUUGGUAGCCUGUGAGCAAGCUCUGCAAUGAACCUUUCCACGUUUUUUUAACUAUUAUUAUUUUAUCAUUAUUUUUUUUUUCAAUUUUUGAUGUUGACAACUAAGGAAAAAUCCGUUGACUCCACUGGGAGGAGCGCCUUUAAAUUAGUAAAUUUACCAAGUUUGAAGGUGAUUUGUUGAAAACUAACAAAGAUAUAGUUCCUCAAAGUCGUGAAAUCUUUACAGCUGACGUUUGUUUAAAGUUGGGGGCAUAAACUUGCCCCCCACCAUGCAGACGUCCGUAAAUUUUCUUUGCAGUGGUGUGGACGGUUUUCCCUUAACUGGUGCUUAUUAGGAGUUGAAAAAAAAAGCGUGGAAGGGUUUAUGAUGGCGAGCAAAGCGAACCGCGAAAGAACGCGCGAGCGGCGAAGAAUUCGCGUCUCCUUUCGCGUGCGGCGUACGCGUAAAUAGCCCUCGUUCGAUAUGUUAAAAUUCUGACAUGACUCCUAGGCUUCAAGGACAAAAUUGCAAAUUUUUCACGACUCCAUUGUUUCGCAAUUCCCAGAAGAGACUUCAGCACAAAGAAAAGAAAAUCAAAUAUAGAAAAAAAAUGGGCAGAAAGCCUCGGAGUUAUGUAAGAAUUUUAAUAUAUUGAACCUUGGCUAUUGUCGCGACUCCCCCAAAUAGAGAGUGUGCUCACAGGCCAGAUCAUUGAAAUGGGAAGAAUCUACCUAAUGUGAAUUGAAAAUGAGGCUUGAUACUAUGUUGACAAGAUGAAAUAGUACUGUCAUUAGAGAGUUAACACAACCACGAUGGCAACACUAACGGGAACGUCAAAAAAUAAAAUAAAUGAAUAAAUAAAAUAAAUAAAUAAAUAAAAGGAAAAUUAGACAAAAGGAAGUGAACUGAACGAACCAACCACCUUGCACGUGCCGCACACUUUUUGGUACACUGCAUGACUACGGCACGAAUUUUCGUAGUUAAGGUCCCGUUUAUAUGAGUUGUUCCGGGUAAAAUGAUUACCCUCCCAGCCAAGUCAAUUUAAGCGAGCGUUUGUAUGAAAAAAAAAAAGUUGACCUCUUUACACGCUCCAAUAGCCCUCGUACAUGUAAUGGUUACCUUAAACAUCGCUUGCGCAUGCUCUGAUUGUCUCGCUUUGGCCGAUUUGACCAGUCUAGGCGAGCUAAAGCCCGGCUAGGAGGUUGACCCUACCAUCACAAAAGAUUGAUCCAGCUAGGCAAGUCACCAUUCUGGCCGCUUUUCCAGUCACCUUUUUUGGUUCUCAUUUUCACGUUUUUUCACGUUUUUUAAGAAAAUGUGUAAAAAGUUGGCUCGCCCAGGGUACCUUCCUUGGUAGGCAGGUGGUCCUUUAACCCGGGACAAGCUUUCUCCAUAUAAAAGGGGACUAAUUUCACGUUUUUUGAAGAACGUCUGAAACUCUAGCAUUACGGCUCUUCCGAAUUUGACAUCAGUGAAAUUUAACCUCAUUUGAACAAUUGAAGGAAAUAGAAAAACAGCAAUAAAUUACGGAUCGGCGCGGAUUUAUUUUAUUUACGCUAUAAAUGCCGUGAUUGCGUAAGCUUCCUAUCGAUAUCAUGGUUCUAUCUAGAGUAUUUGAGGGGUAGAAGCUUCUCCCCGCCCCCUCCCCCCCCCCCCCAAAAAAAAAAAAAAAAAAAAAAACCCAGCUUCCCUCCAAAAGAUAUUGUUAUCAUUACAUUAUAUAAGUAACUAUAUCGGAAAAAUCAUCCAGACGCGACGAGGUCAGUGUACAUAAAGUAAGUAUUCCUGUCUAAGGACCCUGUAUGACAAGAAACAUCGAGUAUUAUUAAAAAAAAAAAAUACCACUGUAACAUUUCUCAAAACUGUGUCUCAAAACGCACCAGAUUGUAUAUCAGCGCAUAUUAAUUGUAAUUAAUUUCAGGGGGGCAUGCUCCCGGACCCCCCUAGAAAACUCGUACCCACUCAGGUCUUCUCCUACAAACGCUAAAUCCUAACUGGAACCCCGGGAUAAGGUAACUUUUAUUUAUUGUUUAUUUUUUAUUUAUCUUUAUUUUUAUUUUGUAUUAUUUUUUUGCACUCAGACAAAAGUGUGAGAGCGUGCAGUGCAUUUUUCAUAUAUGUGUCCUUGGAUGAGCAAAGUAGGCCCCAAGCCAUCCCUUCUCUGGAACUUCAAUCUGAUGAGGAGCGAAAACGAUUUGAAGCUGGAAAGAAAAGAUAUCAGCUCCGCAAAGAGGGAAGAACAAGUCGAAACUAA